AUGUUUGGUACGUACGGAAAUAUUGGUUGUGCUACAAAUAAUGAAGCAGAAAUAAGAGCCCUUGAGGCCGGGUUAUUACUUUGCAAACAGAAAGGUUUAUCAAAUGUACAGAUUGAGGGUGAUUCUCAAAUAAUUAUAAAUGGGGUGACUGCCACUAGACUACUAAAUUGGAAACUAGCUAAAUGGCUGCCUCGCAUUCAGUCUCUACUCCAAGCAAUCAAUCCAUAUGAAAGAUCUCACAUACAUAGGGAAGGUAAUCGAGUGGCAGACCUGCUUGCUAAUCUCAGAGUCAAUUCAGAUUCUGCAGAAGUGUCAAUGGAUCCCAAGACAUUGAGUUUGGAGAUUACAGACUUGUGUAGAAAGGACAUAUUGAUAAGGAAAUGUGACAGGGUUGGAUGA